ACACACACACGUAUAUGCAGCGUGUGCACCGAGGAGAGUGAGUUUAUUUUGUUCUCUGUGGAGACACACUCUGUGCUUGGCACCUCUGCUAUGGCCCUGGUGAGGUUCAAGGAACUGGGGGAAGAUGAACUGAACUUAGAAGAGGAGAACUUAGACAGUGUCAAAGCCUUAACAACAAAGUUGAAGCUACAGACACGGCGCCCAUCUUACCUGGAGUGGAAGGCCCAUGUGCAAAGUCCCUCCUGGAGAAAUGGGCUGCAGGCUGGAGCUCUGAAGACCCACCUGGAGAAGCAGGGUGAAGAGGCAGUAGGAGAAGAUAAUCAGGCCCAGGAACCCUUGAAGUCUGUUUGUGGAUUCCCCACCAUUGGUAUGGCCUUUGAAUGGCUUCGGAUGGAACUGAGGAAGAUGCAGGCCCUGGACCACCAGUUGGCACGGCAGCUGAUGCGGCUGCGGGCCCAGAUCCAUCAGCUGAAAGUGGAGCAGGCUUGCCACCGCCACAAAGAGAUGCUGGAUGAUGCCACCUUUGAACUGGAGGGCUGCGAGGAGGACUCGGACCUGCUCUGCAACAUUCCCCCCAAGAUGGCCUUUCUCUUGUCUACCCCUCUCAAGCACAUUGGAGUCACCCGCAUGAAUAUAAACUCUCGUCGCUUCUCCUUGUGCUGACGGACCUUCACCCCAUUGCAUGCUUGCUUGGCGCUGGUAGCUGUUGGCAACCAGGGGGUAUCUUGGCUCCCAUUGCCUGCACCUGUAGAUUUUGCACCCAUGUAUAGCAACCCAUGUCUCGCCUGGCUGAUCUGCUCCGGGCUCACAAACAUACCUGGAUUGGCAAUCUCAGGGAGGUGAGAUGGUAGACAAAACACAUCCUAGUAGAAAGUAGGGAAGUCUAGAGAGCUGCCUGGGGCAGCCUUUCUUUGGGUGAAGCAUCUCUCAGGGAUGGAAGUUUUGCUACUUAGAAAAAGGAGAUGAAAAGCAGGGAGCAAUAUGGAGCAAGAGGGACAAUGAGUAUCCUUUUGAUGAUUCACAGGCCUAAAGAGAGUCUGGCGGAGAACAAACUCCAGUCUGAAGGUUCAGAGAAGGGCCAACCCAAAGUUUAGCCAGCAGUGCAUGCAAAAAAGGGGCAGGUUUCACAAGCUGCAUCUCGACUUUUUUGACCUCCCCUCCCUUAAGGUCUCCUGGACUGUCCUGUGGACUGGCCAAGGAUGCAGGAGGGGCACUGACCUCAAGGGAAAUUUUUUUUGCUGGUUGAUGUGUCUCUUUUACCUGGAAGACUGAUCACCCCUCGGCUGCCCCUCAUUUAUUUUGCCCACUUAUGUUUUAAAAGCUUGCUAAUUUUUAUUGUAUGUCAGUUGGUGUGGCUUUGAGAAGCUGCGGUAAGUUAAACACUUCAAAAACAGCAAUAAAAAGUGCAUCACUUGA